AUGCAUUAUUCCAAGAUCCUUGUCACCUCUGCCUUUAUCCAAGGUGGCCUUUCAACCGGAAUUUUGACCUACACUGGUCCUGAUUGCACAGGCCAAGUACAAGAAUACACCAUCUUGUCUGGUUGCUUAGGCGCGGUGCCUCGAUUCCAGUCUUACAGGGAAAAUGGAUGGGGUCCUCACGAAGAGCGAAUUGCGUUUUAUAGUAAGACUGGUUGCGAUGAAGCGGGAUUCCUGUAUGAUACAUGGGCCUAUGAUGGAGAUUAUUUCCAUUCACACCAAUGCUACAAUCUCGACGGUCAUUCGCCGAAUGGGGAGCAGUUCGCCGUCAGUAUCUCGCUCGAGUCUGAGAUUGUGAUUUAA